UAUUCAAUUAAUCAUAUUCAAUAUUAACGGAGUCGAACUAUGUUCUAAUAAUAAUAUCAUUCAUAUCGAACAAACAUAUUGAACACAUUAAACAUGGGAAAUAAUAAAAUCGGUGAUUCUGGCACAAAUUGUCAGAUUAAACAAACAGAUUAUCCCCUUUACCGCGAUACUCCAAAUGCAACCGAUGGAGAUUCAUCAACAUCAGAAAAUCCGAAGUUCUUCCGUAGGAUAUUGAAAUAUUUAGUUCGCUCUACUGCACGAAUAAAACAGAGCAAAAAAGAUAAAUGUAAUAUAAUAAAGAAGCGAAGUGUCAGUACGUGUAAAUCUGAAGAAAAAGUAUCUGUAUACACUUCAUUAUCAUCGAUUAUAGAUAAUGUAAUUAAAUCCGAUGCAGAGGUUGCCGUCAAGCUGAAGCGAAAAAUGGUCGAUGCAAUUACCUCCACUACAAGAACAAGUAAUAUUUCUGAUAAAGUAACACGUGAAAAUCUUUCAGGCACCAUAGAGCACUUUGUUCACGGCACAUCUUAUCGAUAUGCGGAAUACGCUGCGAAGGAUGUGGAUAACGUCGUUGUGGAACGUGGCUGCGGUCCGCUAUGUAUUGGCAUGACUCAAAGCGUUACCGCGGAUGGAGAAUUCAGUUUGGAGACAAGUCCUGAUGCUUUCGCGGAAGCAUGCGAAAAAAGGCGGCAAACGGACCAUAUUCUCGAGGAAAUUGCGAAAGUCUCCGACGCUUUGACGGAAAAAGCGCGUCUCAUUUCCGCGAAAGAACAGGCGGCUUCAAUCCUCGCGUCCGUAUCGGCGACGCCUGCGAAAUAUGAGAUGGAGGAGCAAAUAUGUGAAGAUACGAUACCAUUAAGAUCUCCGUCGAUUAUCUACGUGGAAGAGACACCAACUACUAUAGCGAAAGAAAAACCAACUGUUAUAGUGGAAGAAAAACCAGCUGUUGUAGUGGAAGAAAAACCAGCUGUUGUAGUGGAAGAAAAAUUAACUUUUGUAGAGGAAGAAGAACCAGCUGUUGCAGUGAAAGACAAACCAACUGCUGUAGCGGUAGCAGUUGCUUCAACGACUGUAAUACAGCCAGAAAUACACAAAAAAAUAUUAGAAUCUCCUCCAAACCACUUUGCACCGAACUCACGAGAUUAUUCGGCAAGCUUAGACAAAUCUCUGAACGCUUCGGAUGCCCAAGUAAAACCAUUGGUAGAAAACGUAAAGAAAACUAAAACGCGAACAGUAUCGAUCACGUAUCCGGAAAGAGAUGAUCUUUUAGAUACCGCAGCUCCUGUUAUUACUAGGAAAAAAAAAGAAGAAAAAGAAGAAUUACAGAAGAAAAGUUCUCUACGACGAAUGUUAGACAAACAUGUUUUUACUGACAAAGCUGAAAAUUGUGUAAUUAUAAAUUGCAUUCCGAAGCUAAAAAAGAAAAGACCCAAAUCUUUAGAUCAGCCAGAUAGCGCUUUAAGACAAAAAGAUACCAAGACUGAUGUUUCAAGACAAAAAAUUGUAAAAAAGGUCGAUUCUUUUACCAAACCUUCAAAAAUGAAGAAAGAAUUAGUACAAAUAACCAAAGAUAUUCCUCAAGAAUUUGUAUCACGCAAAAAGCCAAAAUAUCGGGCCAAAUAUCGUAUUGAUACAUCAGAUAUAGUAAAAAAAGAAAAAAAGCCGCAUUUGAAAAAGGUACCCAAGGACUUUGAAAUCUCGAAAUACACGUGUCUCGUUAAGUUGCCUGAAGUGACAAAAGCUCCUAAGGUUUUCAAAGAUUCCGAAAGACCAACAAUGGAAAUGUAUAAAGAUUGUUGUAGAACACCAUCGGGAUAUUUAGAACCAACAAGAUAUUGCAAGGAUUUAAUAUCGAGCAUCCAGUGUAGAAGACCCAAAUAUUGCGAUGUUUGGACUACUCCAUGCUUUAGCUCUGAAGAUACCUUAAACGGAGCACUUCCGCAAGAUUCAUCCGCACUCAAAUAUCAUGCCAACUGUCAUUCGCUAAUUGACAUUUCGUCCAGAUGUAACAUUGAUGCAAACUGCACAAAACAUAGGGUAACGUUUGAAAAUUCGUUAUGCACCAAUACGUAUUGCAAGAGCGACACAAAAUAUUGUUAUCCCCAUCUAAAUAAUAUUGACAACGUUCGAAUGAGAUAUUAUCAUUGCAAUGACAUUUGUCCAGUAUGGAAUAACAAUCAACAGUGUGGGAGGGAUCGAUCAUAUUACUGGACAAAGGGGAAUUUAUAUUUCACGCACCAAUGGACAUCGGAGCAUUUGUUGCGAUAUAAUUGAUAUUGACAAUGGCAAACAUACGAUAUUUAACGUCGCUGAGUAAUUCGAAUUUAAUCAUGUCGGAAAUAUAAAAUUAACGUGCCGCUUUUUAUUGCUUACGUAUAAUUUUUUUAUGAGAUUUACGAUACAGGGCGAGAUGAUGAGGACUGAGCAAAUUAAAAUGGAUAAAUAUGCGACGUAAUCUGUACCGCGGUCAGUGACGUGCGUCAAUCCUAAUUAUAUUUCACACUACAUACUAAUUUUAGUUAUUAACCCGUAUGUGCGAGUAGUCAUAAAGUUUCGCGUCCCGUCCAACGUGUAUGCAUGUUAAUAAUUAAAAUUAAUAACGCGCCAAAUAUAGUUGCGAUAUACGUGCGACAGUCGACGCAUUGAUGCCAGACGACAAGAGAACAUAUCAUACGAUAUAUUAAUGCGGACAGAAUGAUUAUAUGUUUGCAUAGAAAUUUAUAUUACUCAUUAUGACGACCAGUUCAACAAUGAUUAUUCAACAAUAAUGACAAAUAGGUCGAGCCUGCAUUUCGAGAAAUGAUAGAAAUCAAAAGAAAUACUUCUGCAUUGCAAAGUGACGCUUAUUACGGAAAAAUUGCCAGUCACAAAAGAAGCGAGAUCGUCUGAGCGCUUUUUCAUGCUUAAGAAGCUACUUAGCUGUUUAGGAAAUCUCCACGAACAAGAAGAAACCAUCGCAGACGCGAGACCGUUACCGUCCUCGCAAGAAACGCCAAACAGUGUCGAAAAGAGCUUGCGGGCGGCCGAAGAACUUUGCAUCAACGGGUCCCGGCGGGGACGUUGUCGUAUCCUUAAGCGGCCUUCGCGGUUGGCGAUUGCGGCGAAAGGAAUUUCGCACAAGUUCGUUGCGAAGUUCCUAGGAAGUCCACCUGCCGAAUGCAAUGACCAAAAACCUAGUCUGGAAAGCGACAACAUAUAUAUCUGUUUCCUCGUUAUCUAUUCACGCGCGGUCCGGAAGAUUUGCCAUACGGUCAACCAUUCGAAGUGUGUAGCAUACAAGAGAACGAUUUGAAAGAAUCUUGCACCUUAAAUCAUCUUUAAACUCGAAGUGCAUCAAGACGAAAACUUUGUCAAAGUUUAUGGCAAUCUAUUCGGCAAUCUCUCUAGAUGACCAAUAUAUGAGAAAAGUCAAAAUCACUUAACGAACAAACUCGUGAACCAUACAGGUAGCGUUAUGACAUGCUUGCCGUUGUCAUAAGCAUUACGGUCGUAUAACAGGUAGCUUUAUACAGUGGCGAGACUUAACGUCAUCCUAGUGGAUGCAUUAGACAGGCAGCGUCGGAAGAUUUACUAUUCAACUUCGACAUCGUACAGUACGAAACUUCGCCCGCGAGGCGAAGGAAGUACGAUAUCCUUCGACAGAACGACGCACCACGCCGCCUUUCACGCUAAGUACUGCAUUCGAGAACGCUGAUGUCGACGACGACGACACUGGAGGUUGCCAGAACUGGAGUUGCUCUACAGACGACGAUAAUGACAAGGUAGAGGGCGAGGAACUGGCAGGGUUGCAACCGCGUUGAAUCGCACGAAGUAACAGCGAGGAAACUUCGUAACGUCAGACUUCGCGACGACCAUGAAGGCACACUUCCCCGAUAGGAGAUCUCGGUGCAGAAGAGUCGAGGAGGGUGCGAAGGGUCUCAUAA